AUGAAGAUUCUCGAUAUCGGGUGUGGGCCUGGCUCCAUCACAUUGGACUUGGCUACUCUCGUUCCACAGGGUACUGUCAUUGGCAUUGACUACAGUGGAACUGCAAUCUCUUCCGCCAAAGAGCUGGUUCACAAACGAAAAGUCGACAAUGCAACUUUCGAGGUCGCCGAUUUCCUAGAUCUUCCGUACGAAGACGAGACAUUCGAUAUCGUUUGCGCACAUCAAUUUCUCAUUCAUCUUCCCAACGCAUCGUCUAAAAUCGGAACCGUGGAAGGUUUGAAGGAGAUGAGACGUGUUUGCAAAACUGGUGGCCUAGUUUGUGCGAGAGAAUGCGAUUGGAGGAGCGCUGCGGUCCAUCCCUCAAUCCCCGGUGUAUUGGACAGCAUGAAAUUGAUCGAAGAUUUGACUGCUUUGAGAGGAACCUCCCCAUACGGUGGAAUGGCUCGGUUCUGGGCCCAGAAAGCAGGGUUUGCAUCUGCAGAUAUCGAUACCUCUGCCUCGGCGGUUUACUAUUCGAGUCCUGAGGAAGUGAAGUGGUGGGGUGAGACGAUGGCUCAGCGUCUGGAACAAGGGUCUUCGCUCGACAAGGGAGUAAGUGAAGGUCUCAUUUUUGAGACGCAAAAAGACACACCUCCUUCAGGGUGGAGAGCAUGGUCUGAGCAAUCCGAUGCUUUUUUCUCUAUGACGGAUGUUCAACUUAUUGCAAGAAAUAGAUGGCAUGCGCUUUUGUGUGACUACGUCGUUCUGGUAUCCUAA